UUACAAAAGAGUAUAUGGGAAAGAACACAGCCUUAUUAUGUAGGCCACAUUAGAGCUCACUCUGGAUUGCCAGGGCCUUUAGCAGAAGGCAAUGCCUCUGCUGAUGCCCUGACUAAAAUUUUUAUAGUAGAUGAAAAUAAAGUACAAGAAGCAAUAAAAUCUCAUCAGCUGCAUCAUCAAAAUGCUAAUGCCUUAAGAUAUCAGCUUAGCCUAUCCAGAGAAGCGGCAAGGGAAAUAGUAAAAAAUUGCUCUGUGUGUCCUACACAAAAUAAUGUACCUCAGCAAGGAGUAAAUCCUCGAGGUUUGCGAGCUAAUGAUCUGUGGCAAAUGGAUGUGACUCAUGUGCCUAGUUUUGGAAAGCUGUCCUAUGUACAUGUUUGUGUGGACACCUUCUCACAUGUAAUUGUAGCCUCAGCUAGGACUGGAGAGGCCUUUAAGGAUGUGUGCCAGCACUUGAUGUUUUGUUUUAGUUAUUUGGGAAUUCCCCGAAAGUUAAAAACUGAUAAUGGCCCUGCUUAUGUUUCUAAGUCUUUUCAGCAAUUAUGCCAACAGUUUGGCAUAGCCCAUAGUACAGGAAUUCCUUAUAAUCCACAAGGACAAGCUAUAAUUGAAAGAACCAAUCAGGUAUUAAAAAAUAUGAUUUAUAAAUUGCAAAAUGGAGAUUUAAAAUAUUUUUCUCCUCAUCAUUUACUUAAUCAUUCCAUGUUUGUAUUAAAUUAUUUAAAUAUGAAUGAUAAAGAGAAAACUCCUAUGAUGAGACAUUGGGAGAUAAAUGAAGAAAAUGUGAAACCAAGGGUAUUAUGGAAGGAUGUUUUAACAGGAAAAUGGAAUGGGCCAGAUACAUUAUUAACUAGUGGUAGAGGAUAUGCUUGUAUUUUUCCCCAGAAUUUUGAUUCACCAAUUUGGAUUCCUGAUCGAUUAAUUAGACACCCUGAGGUGGGGAAUUUAUUAAAGCGUCUUUCAGAAAAGAAAAUCUACUGCCGAGAUGGCGGAACCGCAGUCACAGAAAGUGGGUCCUCCGAUGACACAGCUGUCGCUUGAAUCAUUUUGCGAUAAGGAGGUACAAACUUCUCCAAAAAUUUUGGAGAAGAAGUUUCGUUCACGAAAAAGAAAGUAUACUGCCUCCACCGUUGAAGCGGCUCCAAUUACAUGGGGAGCAAUUAAAAAGCUUUGUCUGAAUGCUGAAAAUGCUAUGAAUGCUCAAGGAGUGCCUUUGACGACUGCUAAUUUUUUUGUGGCUAUGCUUAGCUUGCUUUCGGUUCAGGUAAGUGCCAACGGUACGUACUGGGCUUAUUUUCCAGAUCCUCCUAUUUUACAUACAUGUACUUGGAAAGAUUCUAAUAUUCCAGUAACUUCCUCAUUUCCUGAAUUAACCGAUGGUAGUCGAGGAGUACAGGGCUAUAAACAAUUUGUAGUUAAUUUUAAUUAUUCAUUUACAGGUCAGACUGAUUUUCCUCCAAUAUGCUUUUUUCUUGAUUCAGGGUUAAUAGGAAAUAGUCAAAUAAAAAAUGGGUGUUUGUCAGUAGUUGAUGCAGGAUUUUUGACAGAUUCCCCUAAAAGGCCCCCUAAAGAGCCAGUAAGAAGAGAUAAAACCACAAGAUAUUUAUGGUCAUUGUUAGGGAAAGUUGUAAGACAAAAUCAAGUUUUUGUUAAUAAAUCUUUGCCUAAAGUUGUUCAUCCUUUUAAAUAUGAUGAUUGUGAUGAGGCUGUAGGGGAAGCUACAAAUGAAUGGAUUUGGAUAAAUAUUAAAACUGGAUAUCCUUCAUGGAUAUAUUGUAUGUAUAAUAAAGAAAAUAAAAUAUCUAUUCCUGGAACUAAAUAUUAUAUUUCAGACUGGAGUAGUAAUUUUCCUGAAGGAGAUUAUAGAACAUAUUUAAAGUUAGGCUUGCUAUACCCAUGGAAUGAUACCUAUAUUCCCCGUCCAUUAAAGAUAAAUAGAUGGAAUAGUCAUGGAUGGGUGGCUCCUAUUUAUACUUUUGUUUAUGAAAAUAAAACCUAUUAUCAAUCUCAGUUAUGGAGAUUGCCCUUAACCACUCGUAAAAUAACGCUAAUUAGAGCUACUACCCAUGUGGAAGAGUAUUAUGUUCAAACCUGUGUGUUAUCUCCAUAUUCCUUAUUGCUUUCUAAUGAUAGUGAAAAGUUGCAGAUUAUGCAGUAUAAUAUGAGGUUUUAUAUUACUUGUCAGCAAUGUAUAUUAACCACUUGCAUUAUUCCUGAAAUGAAUGUUUCAACUAUAAUGGUGUUAAAAAGACCAGCUUAUAUUGUGCUGCCAGUAGCGCUUAAUGAAUCUUGGUAUACAGAUAUAGGGGCGGAAAUUAUAAGACAGGUUGGAGAGCUCAUACGGCCAAAAAGAUUUGUAGCUACUUUGAUUUUGGGAAUUUCCGCCUUAAUAGGAAUAUUAAGCUCUUUUACUGUCGCAACAUAUGCUUUAGUGAAAGAAGUGCAAACAGCACAAUAUGCUAAUGAUUUAUCAAAAAAUAUAUCCUUGGCUUUGGCAACUCAAGAAGCAAUAGAUAGAAAGUUAGAAGCUAAAGUUGAUGCCCUUGAAGAAGCAGUUUUACAUAUUGGUCAAGAACUUGCUGCUUUAAAAAUUCGCUUAUCUUUAACAUGCCAUAAAAAAUAUUCGUGGAUAUGUGUUACUCCUUUAAAAGUAAAUUAUUCUGAAUAUUCUUGGGAACAAAUUCAAAUGCAUAUUUUAAAUGUAUGGAAUUCUAGUGAUUUGGGAAUUGAUUUGGAACAUUUACAUAAACAAAUUUAUGAUAUUGCAGCCUCUCAAUAUGAUAUGAAUCCCUCUAAAGCUGCUGCAGAAUUUUUACAAAAUUUACAAAAUUAUUUUAAAGAUAAUUCCUUUAUGCAUAUUUUAAUAAAUUAUGGGGCUGCCGGAGUGGUUAUAAUUUUGCUUCUUAUUUCUUUUCCAGUUAUUAUCCGAUUAAUUCAAACUGCCCUUCAAAGUGUAUACAGAACCAAAGUGGAAUUACAUACUGCCUUUUUAAAAAAUAAAAAAGGGGGAGAUGUCGGGAGCCACAUAGGAAGUGCCUUUGAGUCUCAGCACGGACGAGACCCUUAGUGUCAGCAAAGCUGGUGCUGUCAGACAUAAAUAUGGAAAAGCAAAGCUCUCGUUUGCAAAGCUUCCUGCCUCCUGGUGGCUGGUGCCGUGCAAUUGGUCUCUCUUGCCCAGUGCUGUAAGCUGGGCCCUCUCUGGAGGAGAAACCUGGGUUCCCGAAGACAUGUGACCAGAGCCGGGGCCCCGCC